ACGGCUGCAUCGGUCAGUUCUCAUUCGAAACUCUCUGCAGUACCAGUUUGGUCUCGCUUAAAGUUUUCUUGAUUUUGAUUUAAAGGUCUGGGGACGUCGAUGAGGUAAAAGCCAUGCUCAUUUUCGUUGCAGACAAGUGGUUGGAAGCGUGUGGGAUGAGCAGGGACCCCUGCCAGAACGGUGGUUACACUGGAGCAAAUUGCACAUGCGUGUGUCCACAGGGAACAUCCGGGUCUUCCUGCGAAAUAAAUGAACAAGAUUACUUUGCUUCGCAACGCAGCAACUGCAGUGUGCUCAUCACAAGCCCGGGCACGAUUACCUCACCUAACUACCCGAACAACUACCCUUAUGGACUAGUAUGUGCCAAGUGGAUACUAGCGCCCGAGUGCAGCCUGCCCAGAGUGACUUUCAAUGCCUUCAGGCUCACAUACUGUAGGGACAGAUUGGAGAUUAGGACAAACAACCGCUACGAUGGCAACUUCUACUGUGGCACCAGUAUCGCCCCAGGGACCGCGUUUACCUCAACUACCAAUGAGCUCAUUCUGAUGUUUUACACAAGAACCAAUUACCAGACUGGUUGGUCUGCAAAUGUCACUUUUGUUGAUGAUCCUAACUGCAGCCUGACCACUCUGCCACCAAUCACGCAAGCACCUACCACUCUACCACAAACCACGCAAGCACCUACCUUUCUCCCACCAACCACACAAAUACCUACCACUCUGCCACAAACCACGCAAGCACCUACCACUCUCCCACCAACCACGCAAGCACCUACCACUCUCCCACCAACCACGGAAGCACCUACCACUUUACCACCAACCACGGAAACACCUACCACUCUCACACCAACCACGGAAGCACCUACCACUCUCACACCAACCACGGAAGCACCUACCACUCUGCCACCAACCACGCAAGCACCUACCACUCUGCCACCAACCACGGUAGCACCUACCACUCUGCCACCAACCACGCAAACACUUACUACUCUACCACCUACCACUAUGCCACCAACCACACUACAACCCGUUCCAAACUGUUCGAUACUGUCUACCAGUGCUGGAGUAACUUGGCUCUCACCACACUUCGGCUACGAGAACUACCCAAACAACUUCAUGUGUGGACUUACUGAGCAUGCGGAUUCUCCAUACAUGACCGCCUUCAAGAUCAACACUUUGCAACUGCAGCGGAAGAAACAUAGGCAAUGCGUUGACUUUAUUGGGAUUCAGAUUCCUUACAGCAGGACUUUAAAGCUGUGUGGUACAAAGAGAGGGACUGUUCUAGUACCGAAUAGGAAUCUGAACAUCAGCUUCGUGACUGACAACUCUGUAACAGACGUCGGAUUUAGCAUCAGUAUCACGUGGCGGCAGAGUAAAUGUCACCGCAUCAUUGAACUAACGGACUUCUCUGCAAUGGGCAUCAUCACGAGUCCAAGGUUCCCGAAAAAAUAUACUAAACAUACAGUCUGCGAGUGGUGGAUUGUGGCCCCUGAAGGUAAAAGAAUCCAACUAGAAUUCACACGAAUCAGCCUCAGGGACAGGAACUGCCUUAAUUCUUACAUCGUCAUAGACAAGUCAGGGCAGGCCACCUACUGGCGAGAGAACAGCUCACUUCUCUGCGCUGUUCACAGAACGGCGACAGUCGUCUCGGUUGGCCGCGCCGUUAACGUUGCUUUCGCCGGCGGACGGAAGCGCUCUUGGGGCUUCUCUGCUCAAUACACCGUUGUGUAAAAAGACCGCAUAAUAUGAGGAUGGUGCUUCUGUAAUGGCACUUGCAGGUUGAUGCAUACAUUGACAGUCAACACGUACAAACGCAUAUAUAGCUCCACGCACUUUCAGGAAUACCUGCGCUAAACAUAUGCAUCAUUUAUCAGUCAGAAACUAUUUAUACAAAAUAGCUAUUAAACGCUCUGUAAAUAUAGACAUAAUUUUAGAUUUUUACUACGAAUAUACUCUGGAGCAAUAAAGGACUGAUA